ACUUCAUCCACAGUAAUUUACUGAAAAACUUAAUCACGCAAUUUCUUUUUUUAUCAACACAGGCCGCAAAAAUCUAAAACCUUCAUUUGACUAAUAUAAAAAUUUACAUUAAUCGGAAAAGGUGACAAACCUAAACAAACAAAAUAAAAAAAAAGAGAUCUCGUCACGCCAAAAACUUAACCACUUAUCGACGACUCAUCACCUCCACUAAAGUUCUUAUCGAAACAUGGACGAUCACUAUCGCAGAAAUCAUCAUAGAAAACCACACGAAUACCUCGUAAAUUCCCCCAACCCUCUCAGCCAGCAGAAACCCUAUGAAAAAAAUGAGACGGCCUACAUCUUCCUGUACAUCGCGCUCGCCGUGGGCGCCCUUUUCCUCGCCGCGAUGGCGUACGGCGUGUACCGCGACCACAAAAGCAAAAGCAGGACGCGGAAGGAGGAGAAGGGCGAGAAGAAACGACGCCUCACCAAGAAAAAUAUCUUCCCUGAUGUGAAACCCCUGCACGGCGGGGGGUCGUCCUCCGGAAAAAGUAGGAGCAGCAGUAACAACUUGUACACCACGGGAACCACCUCCACCGGAGGAUCUGUCCCGUCCAUGUCCACCAUCACCGAAGAAGUCCAACCCCCCUCUCAAGAUAUCCCGACAUAUCCAAACCUCGCCUCUUACACGACCACCCCGGUCAACCAACAAUCGUCACACCAACAACCACGCCCACGCCCUCCGCCGCCCUCAUCCCGACGACACAAUCCACCCCCGACGUCGACCUCCUCGGCGUCAUAUCCCGACCUAACCUCGGACCACCACCAGCAAAAUUCCGCCACGGAAUCCUCUAACAAUCUGGAUACUUCCGGAUUCCAGUAUUUCCCUAAUCCCGCCACUGCCCCCGCUCCUCCCCCCGCGUCGAACAAUGCCCCUCCUCCUCCUCUCCCCACAACACCACCUCCCACGUCGUCGACACGUCGCCAGUCCCGCCACCUUUCCCGGGAGGAAUCCUUCCCCUAUGAAAAGUACGAUAUUCCCCUCGACCAAAGGGAACCGAGGACCACGCGGGUCGAGAAUAUGCGCCCGAUCUCGGACUUUUUUAAACUCACGGCUGGCGAGAGUUUCUACCGGGUGGAGGAAGAAGAUGAAGAAGGACAGCAACAAGGAGAAGAAACCAGCUCAGAGUCGUCGUCGUCAACGUCGAGAAGUGAGAGUGAAGAACAAGGACAAGAACAAAGUCAAGGGGGAAGAGGAGGAGGUGGGGAGGAACGUUUCAGUGAUGCGGCUACUUUGCCGUAUGAUCAUGCCAGUAAAAAAGGGAAUGGCGAGAAUGGGAAGGAUUUAAAAUGAGGAGAGAUUAUUUUCGAUCGAAAUCUCCUGGCGUAUGCGAUCCGAUUUUUGGCAAAUUAGUGUAAAUCAAUAACUUUAAUUAGGAUAAAAUUUGCGAAAGACGCGAUCUCCGAAUUGAUAUUUGCAUCCGAAGAGGAGAAAACGCGUAAGAUAAUUGGAAAGUGUACAAUUUAUCAUCUUUACGAUGAUUUAUUUAUGAAUCAUAACUAAAUUUGUGACCGGUUAACACUAAUUUCCUCAAAAUCGGACAGCUUACGCUGGGAGAACUCCAUUCUCAAUGCGAAUACAUAAAGCGUUACUAAUUUUAUCCUACUUUUUGUUAGUAAAUGUUGAAAAAUAAUGGGCCUCCUCAGACACACGAAAAUAUCGUCGCUUAAAAUUUCGCUUCGUUUUUCGCUUACUUCCUGAUAAGCGAGCUCUGGGGUAAGCGAACAGAAACUCAACUUAUAAGUGGGGUUAAGGUCGGUUAGCUGAAGUCGCAACAAAAUUUUGCAAUUUUCAUAAUUUUGGCCAUGCUAUCGAUAAGCGAAAAACAAAGCGAAAUUCGAAGCGACGAUUUUUUCGUGUGUCUGAGGAGGCCCAAUAAUAAAUUUUUAAUAAA